GGUUAGAAACCCGACUACGUUGUAAAAAAAGGGAAAAGUUUAACAUUUUUCGUGAAUUUCGUGAUAAAGGAAGAGGAGAUAAGAACAAAUUAGAGUCAUUUGCAUCUUCCGCCGUCGUUCCCGUUGGAAAAGUAAAGCCGGAAAGUGCAAGAGUCUUGGAAAACCGCUACCAACCGGAGCGCAAACAGAUUCCCAAAAGACGAGACUGAAACCACGAAAAAGGAUUCUUAAUUCUUUUACAAAGCUGCGGGAAAUCAACCCACAAUCAACACUAGAGAGCACAGAAAUCUGCGGUUGAGAUCCGGGUGUCUCGGAGGGAAACCAUCGGAAACCGUCAUCAUCCCGGCUUGUUCGCCUGCAAUUUAGAUUACGGAUAGCCUUUUUAGUUAACAAAGGAAUAUUAGCGAACAAUAAUUCCAAUUUUAAGUUGAAGGUCGCCAGCGGAAUACCAUGAGUAAACCGAUGGAGAAAAAGGAGGUCUUGCAGGCCAUCGUCAUUGCCGACUCGUACAAUGAAAACUUGCAGCCCUUCACUGGCACGGCACCACUGGCACUGCUGCCGAUAGUGAAUGUGCCGCUGGUCGACUACACGCUCGAAACACUGUGCCGAAAUGGCGUGGAAGAGGUUAUCAUAUUCUGUAGCAACCAUAUCGGCGAGGUGAAGCAGUACAUUCAGAAACGGCAAGCGGAAAGAUGCAGUUGGUCCGUCGGCAUGUCGGUUACGAUCAUCAGCUCAACGUCGUGCCGUUGCCUGGGCGAAGCGCUGCGCGAUCUAGACGCUCGGCACAUCAUUCGCGGUAACGUGAUUCUAAUGGGCAUCGAUAGCAUUACGAACGCGAACCUGACCGGGUUGUUGGAGGAGCACAAGCGGCUAUUGAAGGUGGACACUGGCGCAGUGAUGACGAUUAUGCUCAAGGAAGGCGUACCUGGUAUGCGCACCGGCAAUGAAGUAAUGAUCGCCAUGGAACCAUCAACACGCCGCCUACUUUACCAUCAGCGGUUGGCACCGCUGCAGCCGAAGGGUAGCUUCGAGUUGCCUCUGGAGCUGUUUCUCAUCAAUCGCGACGUUACGGUGUGCCAUGGAUUGCUCGACCCUCAGAUUGCUGUAUGCAGUCAUAUGGCGUUGCCCCUUUUUGCAGAUAAUUUUGACUUUCUUUCACGCGAUGACUUUGUUCGCGGCGUUCUGAUCAACGAAGAGAUCCUCAAUAGCCGCAUCUACGUGAGCAAACUGGCACGGGAAGAGUAUGCGAUGCGCGUAAACAAUUGGCAAAGCUAUCAGAUGGUAAGCCUGGACGUUAUUAAUCGCUGGGUGUACCCGCUGGUUCCCGAUAUGGGUAUUAGCCAGUUUCUUCAAUAUUACAAGUGCUAUCGCAACAACAUCUAUCGUCAUGGUGACGUGCGGUUGGCACGAUCAAGCGAACUGGCCGGAGAUCUGGCAAUCGAUAGGCACAGCUCGAUCGACGAAAAUACCUACCUUUAUCAGUCGACAGUCGGCCAGAAUUGCACCAUCGGUAAGGGCUGCCGUAUAAACAACAGCUUUUUGUUUGAAGGGGCCACGAUCGGCGAUGGGUGCAUAUUGGAUCACUGUAUCAUUGGAAGAUCGGUAGCGGUUGGCUCGAACUGCCAAAUUCGUGAUGGAGCAGUGCUCGGAGAAGGAGUUGCGAUCCCGAGUGGCAUGACAAUCGUCAAAACGCUUGUACAGGCUGUUCCACCCGAUAGCGAGUGGGCCGGUGCAUCCAAAAAGCUGGCCGAUCGGGCAUACACGGUACCGGAGGAGCAAUGUGAGGACGAGUACAACUCUGACGAUGAUGAUGAGGUGAAACUUCUAAAUCAACCGGUCUUCCUUACGGAGCUACAGAGAGCCUAUUCGCCAUCGAUCUACCAGCCAUCGGACGAUGAGUCCGAGUCGGGUGAAGCGUCUCCGAUACAGGAGGAUGAAAAUAUUUUCCUCUCCGAAGUGGUAGAAUCGCUCAAGCGAGGAUUCGGCGAGCAAACCAAUGCCGAGUAUUUAAUACUGGAAAUUAACUCGUCCCGUUAUGCGUACAACAUGGCUCUGAGCGAAGUGAACUUUUAUGUGGUGAAAGCCAUUCUGCAGAUUUUACUUUUGCAGGAGGGCGUCGAAUUGAACACGGUCGGCACGUUGCGCAAGAUAUUGGCCUACUUCGGUGUCGUGUUCAAGAACUACAUCCGGGAUAAGGACGCUAUGCUGGACUGCCUGAAGGCGUUCGAGGAGAUGAGCCAGUCGCACGAUAUGAUUCGACAAAAGAUCGCCCAGCUGAUCCACUACCUGUAUGAGAACGAUUUGGUGCGUGAGGAAAUUAUCAUCGAGUGGUACGAUGGAUUGGAGGAUGAAUCGCUGCAGAAGGCGCUGUGCAAGUUGGUGGAAUGGUUAAACGAUUCUAGCGACGAGGAGGAGGAUGAAGACGACAGCGAAUGAAGGACCCGUUAUUCAUAUUGUUGGAUUGGAUUGAACGCUACUUAAUAAAAUGGCUCUAGGCCUCCCGACCGUACAAACCGUGGAAAACUGCAACCAGAAAAAGUCGAGACUGAAACUACGACGCCUGCUUGGACCAAAAAAUCAUGUCCAAUUCACAUCUGUUUCUGAAAUCCGGAUUCCCGCG